CUGUCCCAUUUCACUGGACAAAGCGUGGCUCACCUUCCCCUUAUAUAAACACCCUCACAAAUCCCACCAAACCACAACCCCAAAACCAAACUACUUAUCACCCACACACUCCCUCACUCCCUCAUCUUCCACUGCUCCACAUACGCCUCUCUUUUGCUGCCUUGCACAGUCCAAAAAGAGGCUGUCAUACGCUCAAGUUGAGCAAUUCUUGAGUUGGUUCUUUGUCGUUUGAGCUCUAACCUUUGUCAGCCAUGGCUGGUACUGGAUUGUUUUCAGAGAUAUUGGAUGGAGAGGCUUACAAGUACUACGCUGAUGGAGAGUGGAAGAAAUCAUCUUCUGGUAAACUCGUUCCCAUCAUCAACCCAACUACAAGAAAGGUUCACUACAAGGUUCAAGCUUGUACACAAGAAGAGGUCAACAAGGUUAUGGAAACUGCGAAAAUUGCACAGAAGUCGUGGGCAAAGACUCCACUCUGGAAGCGAGCUGAGCUUCUUCAUAAAGCUGCUUCUAUCCUGAAAGAGCACAAAGCUCCAAUUGCGGAAUCCCUUGUUAAAGAAAUUGCUAAACCUGCUAAAGAUGCAGUUACAGAGGUUGUGAGGUCUGGGGAUUUGGUGUCUUACUGUGCUGAAGAAGGGGUUAGGAUUCUGGGAGAAGGGAAGUUCUUGGUGUCUGAUAGUUUUCCUGGAAAUGACAGAACAAAGUACUGCCUCACUUCCAAGAUUCCACUUGGUGUGGUUUUAGCCAUUCCACCAUUUAACUAUCCUGUCAACCUUGCUGUCUCAAAAAUUGCUCCUGCACUCAUUGCUGGAAACUCCCUUGUGCUGAAGCCUCCAACUCAGGGUGCUGUUUCUUGCCUCCAUAUGGUUCAUUGCUUUCACUUGGCUGGUUUUCCCAAAGGCCUUAUUAGUUGUGUCACUGGGAAAGGAUCUGAGAUCGGCGACUUCCUUACCAUGCAUCCUGGAGUGAAUUGUAUAAGCUUCACUGGUGGUGAUACUGGUAUUGCAAUUUCAAAAAAGGCAGGCAUGAUCCCUCUUCAGAUGGAGUUGGGGGGUAAAGAUGCCUGCAUUGUGCUUGAAGAUGCCGACCUAGAUUUGGUGGCAGCAAACAUUAUAAAGGGAGGCUUUUCUUACAGUGGUCAAAGGUGUACCGCUGUUAAGGUUGUCUUGGUGAUGGAAUCUGUUGCUGAUGCCCUUGUCGAGAAAGUGAACAAAAGGGUGGCAAAACUAACUGUUGGACCACCAGAGGAGAACUCUGAUAUCACUCCAGUUGUUUCAGAAUCAUCAGCGAAUUUUAUCGAAGGGUUAGUUGUGGAUGCAAAACAGAAAGGAGCAACAUUUUGCCAGGAGUACAAGAGAGAUGGCAACCUUAUCUGGCCUUUGUUAUUAGAUAACGUCAGGCCUGAUAUGAGAAUUGCAUGGGAAGAGCCAUUUGGUCCAGUUUUGCCAGUUAUUAGGAUUACUUCUGUAGAAGAAGGAAUCCACCAUUGCAAUGCCAGCAAUUUUGGACUCCAGGGCUGUGUGUUCACAAAGGACAUCAACAAGGCCAUUUUGAUUGGUGAUGCAAUGGAGACGGGAACGGUUCAAAUAAACUCUGCACCUGCUCGUGGACCGGAUCAUUUUCCGUUUCAGGGUAUAAAGGACAGUGGAAUUGGGUCACAAGGAAUCACCAACAGCAUCAACAUGAUGACCAAGAUCAAGACGACUGUGAUCAACUUGCCAACACCUUCUUACAGCAUGGGUUAGUGUUGAUAAAGAAUUGAUAGUCGCAACAGCUACUAAAUAUGGGAGCAGAUUAGUAAAAUGUUGAGUGGAAUAUUAGGCUGCAGACUAUAAGAAAUGUGACUAGUUCAGCAAAUGAAGUUGAGAAAGGAGAAUAAUGGGGCUGCAUCUGCAUCAUGUGUUACCAGAUGUUUAUUUAGCACUUGCAAGAACUUAGGCUUCUCUUGUGUACCAAUUAGCUUAUGUUAUUAGCCCAUGAAUUUGGAAGCUUUGUUAAUAAGAUCUGAGGGACUUGCACUACUUUGUAGUUUGAUAA